UUAAAGAGCUCUUGGACCGUCUUAUGCGUCAAUUUCAAAGAACUAGCCGUUGGUCCCUUGUACUUUUCAAUUUUCAAUAAAACCCUAAAUCCAUUACUCUCACAAGUCACCAAGAAUCUGUAAAUUCAACCCAACUUCUGAGAAUCUUAACCUUUUUUCUUCAGAUUUUGAAUAAUGGCAUCAAGAACAGCCACCAAGGACAUAAUCACGAUUCGCGGAUCAGCAGCAAUUGUCGGUGAAUUUUUUGGCUAUGCAGCAAAUAGCAUUUUGUACAAUAGAGGAGUAUAUCCUGAAGAAAGUUUUGCAAAGGUGAAGAAAUAUGGUCUGCAGUUGUUGCUUACUCAAGAUGAAGGUGUCAAGACCUUCAUCUCUAAUUUGACUGCCCAACUCUCUGAGUGGUUGGAAGCUGGAAAGCUACAAAGGAUGGUUCUUGUGAUCAUGAGCAAGGCCUCUGGUGAGGUACUAGAGAGGUGGAAUUUCAGUGUCGAAACCGACAGCGAGGUUGUUGAGAAAGGUGUUUCAAGGGAGAAAAGUGACAAAGAAAUAAUGAGGGAAAUUCAAGCAAUUAUGAGGCAAAUUAUUUCCAGCGUCACUUUUUUGCCUUGCCUUGAGGAACCAUGUGUGUUUGAUGUGUUAGCAUACACUGAUACAGAUGUUGCAGUUCCAUUCACUUGGAUUGAGAGUGAUCCUAAACUGAUUGCAAAUCCACAUAUGGUCAAACUGCAUUCAUUUGACACCAAGAUUCACAAGGUUGACACUUUGGUUUCAUAUAAAAAUGAUGAAUGGGAUGAGGCUUAGACCAUCCUUGUUGUUCUUUACUAAGUUGAUGCUGUGUGAAUCAUUGAUUCACAUUUUGUAUGUUAGAUUGUGUAAAUCUUGAAAUGUCUUUUAGUUGUUUCCAAGAGCAAUUUCUUUGUGUGAAACAUCUUUGAUGCUAAAGUUCUGAGAUUAACAGGGAAAACCAACACCGAGCCCCUCAUGUGUAAGGCAUGUGGUUUUUUUCCCUCUCUCUAUAGUCUGUUGAAAAGAGGAGCCCAUUUUAAGGA